AAACGAAGCAUGUCGCGUCCAAUCAAGCGGACACGCGAUGUAGACCAGGCAGAUGGACCGGCUCCAGAGAUGAGCUCACAAGCAGGCUCCUCCCUGCCACCCCAGUCCACCUAUGCCCUUUAGCGAUUUUGGAGACGAGGAGGAAGAGCCCUGGCGACAAGAUGAAGUGCCUGACCUACAGGAAGAUGAGGAAGGCGAAGAUCUAUUUGGACCCAAUAUGGAACGCGACUACGGUGGCAAUGAUGAGCAAGAUGCCUAUGAUCCAGAUGAUAUCGAUGAUGCCGGUGACUAUGGCGACUUGAGUGCAGCUGAACGUCGUGCAGUCGAUGCAAGACUUGCGCGUCGUGAUCGAGAAUUGGCGCGUGAGGCUGGACGCCGACCUGCUGCCUUUUUGGAUGGUAGUGAUGAUGAAGAAAUGGAUCUGACUACAACACGUCGUCGCAGGCAUCAGUAUGAUGAAGACCCAGACGAUGAUGGCGAUAUGCUCGAUGAAGAAAUGUCCCCUGAAGCCCUGGCGGAUGUCAAGGCAGACACCAUGUCUGAAUGGAUUGCCGUCGAGCAAGUCAGACGCGCUAUUGCAAGAGAAUUCAAAAAGUUCCUGCUCGAGUACACAGACGAACAUGGCACCUCAGUCUAUGGUCAGCGCAUUCGCACCCUCGGAGAGGUCAACUCUGAAAGUCUCGAGGUGUCGUAUGCGCAUUUGGCAGAAUCCAAGGGAACUCUCGCCUUCUUUCUCGCAACAGCACCAGAAGAUAUGCUCAAGAUUUUCGAUCUCGUUGCAAUGGAGGCAACCUUGCUCUUUUACCCAGAUUACGAACGCAUCCACGCCGAGAUUCACGUCCGCAUCACAGAAUUGCCAAAGACUUAUACGCUGCGAGAGUUGAGACAAGUUCACCUAAACGGUCUCGUCAAGGUCUCUGGUGUCGUGACGCGUCGUUCAGGCGUCAACCCACAGCUCAAGUAUGUCAAAUUUGACUGUCUCAAGUGUGGCCAGAUUCUUGGACCCUUCUACCAAGAUGCCGUCUCAGAAACACGCAUCACCUACUGCGAGAAUUGCCAAUCUCGUGGCCCCUUCUCCGUCAAUUCCGAAAAGACUGUGUAUCGCAACUAUCAAAACCUCAUCCUGCAGGAAGCUCCUGGAACCGUGCCAGCUGGUCGACUGCCACGAAACCGUAAAGUUAUUUUGCUAUGGGAUCUAGUCGAUGCGGCUAAGCCUGGCGAGGAGAUUGAAAUCACUGGCAUCUACCGCAACCAAUUCGAUGCAUCUCUCAACAGCAAAAAUGGCUUCCCAGUAUUUAGCACCAUCAUUGAGGCGAACCACGUCAACAAGGCACACGAUCAGUUUGCUGCAUUCAGGUUGUCAGAGCAAGACGAAAAGGGCAUCCGGGCAUUAUCAAAGGACCCUCAGAUUAUCCAGCGCAUCAUUUCUUCCAUUGCGCCAUCCAUCUAUGGUCACCGAGACAUCAAGACGGCUAUUGCGCUGUCUCUAUUUGGUGGCGUGCCAAAGGACAUUAACGGCAAGCACAGGAUUCGUGGCGACAUCAACUUGUUGUUGCUCGGAGAUCCAGGAACAGCCAAAUCACAAUUCCUCAAGUACGUCGAAAAGACUGCACACCGCGCUGUCUUCACCACCGGACAGGGUGCCAGUGCCGUUGGUCUCACGGCAAGUGUUCGCAAAGAUCCAAUCACCAGCGAAUGGACUCUUGAAGGAGGAGCCCUUGUGCUUGCUGACAAGGGAACCUGCUUGAUUGACGAGUUUGACAAGAUGAAUGAUCAAGACCGGACAUCGAUCCACGAAGCCAUGGAGCAGCAAUCUAUCUCUGUGUCAAAGGCAGGUAUUGUGACCACCUUGCAAGCACGCUGCGCCAUCAUGGCUGCUGCCAAUCCAAUCGGCGGUCGCUAUAACGCCACUAUCCCCUUCUCACAAAAUGUCGAGCUGACAGAGCCCAUUCUAUCGCGUUUCGACAUCCUGUGUGUUGUUCGCGAUACAGUCGACCCUGCCAUUGACGAACGACUCGCGCGUUUUGUGGUUGGCUCUCAUUUACGCUCACACCCCAAGUUUGACAGUGCACAAGACAUCAUCAUUGCCUCGAGCAAUGCCGACGCCGAAGAUGCCAUUGCCGAACCCAUUCCUCAAGAUUUGCUCAAAAAGUACAUUGUCUAUGCACGCGAGCACAUGCAGCCGAAACUGCAUCAGAUGGAUACAGACAAAGUCUCGAAACUCUAUAGCGACAUGCGCCGCGAGUCCCUCAAGACUGGUUCAUUCCCCAUCACAGUGCGGCACCUGGAAUCCAUCAUUCGUAUUUCAGAGUCGCUUGCCAAGAUGCAGUUGUCGGAAUUUGUGAGGCAACGCCAUAUUGACGAGGCUAUUCGAGUGACGAUUGAUUCAUUUGUCAAUGCCAACAAGCUAUCGGUGAAAAAGUCUCUGGCCAAGUCUUUCGCCAAGUAUACAUUGCCACCGAGGGCGCGAACAACUGCGUGAUUUAGAUUAGAUGGAAAUAUGUUGAUAGCAAGCGCAGUUGA